AACGUCAGUGAGGAAUGGGCCAAUGGGGUUGAUCGCAGAAUUUCAGAAUUGAAUUCCUACUAUCUCGAUUCGAUUAUUAUUUAAUUUCAGAAUUCAAUAAUCGAUUCGAGUAUUAUUUAUUUUUGAGAUACACUGGGUGAAAUGAAAUGAAUCAAUAGACAAAAGACAUAAAUAAAUAGUAAGAAUAAAAUGUCUAACCUUAAUAAAUACGGACUAAUUUUACGUGAUAAGUCAAAACAACAGCUUACAUUUCAAGCUUCACAUAAUGUGUUUGGAAAUGAUUCUGAUUCUGAUGAAGAUAAGGGAAAGAAACCUGUUCUCCUGCAACCAAGUGUUAAUAUCAAUAGACAGGCAAAAAUAACUCAAGAAAAAGCAAUUACAGACGAUCCGACAGUUUAUCAAUAUGAUGAAAUUUACGAUUCUAUGACUAAAGAGAAGGAAAGUAAAAGGGAACAGAAAAAAGAUGAAAAGAAGCCAAAAUACAUAGAUAAUUUGAUAAAAUCAGCCAAUAAAAGGAAAUUAGAAAAUGAACGCAGAGUCGAACGUCAGGUACAAAAAGAAAGGGAAAAGGAAGGUGAUGAAUUUGCUGAUAAAGAAGUGUUUGUAACAUCUGCUUACAAGAAAAAACUAGAAGAGAUUCGCAUUGAAGAGGAAAAAGAAAAACGUGAAGAAUAUUUAGAAAGUAUAGGAGAUGUUACCAAGCAAAGAGAUUUAGGUGGAUUUUAUCGACAUUUGUAUGAACAGAAACUUGGAUCAGACAACACUCUGAAAAGCACACAAAACACAAAACAUGAAACUUCUGGACAAGAAACAGAGACUAAAACUACUGAGCCUGAUAAGGCUGAAGAUGUUUCCAAAAAUAUAAAACAAAAUAAACAAAGAAAUUACAGAAAAAGGAUCAUUUCAAGUGACAAAAAAUUAUCUGAAGGUGAAAUUGAAGAAUCUGAAAAUGAAAUCAAUUUCUCCAAUCUUGAUGACAUCAAAACAUUUAAGAAAUCUAAACUUUCAAAAGAAAAUAUUGAUGCAGAUUCGGACUUUUCCAUUGAUGAGUCAAGUGAUGAAGAUGGAAAUGAAACAAAAGACGAUGUUUCAAAUGAAACUGAAAAACCUGAUGAAAAUAUUACUAAUGAAACCACCAAUGUUACAACAGAAGUGCAAAUAAUAGCAAAGGUAUUAGAAGAACCAAAAAUCAAAGUUGAUAUCUGGAAGAAAAGAACUGUGGCAGAAGUAUUUGAACAGGCCCUAAAAAGAUAUUAUGAAAGGAAGGCUUCUCGCACGAUAUAAUAUAUAUUUUAACCUUAAUAAUACAAUACUAACUUCCACAA